CGGCUGAACAAUGUGACGUGGUGUAAAUGUCAUAAUUGUACCGCCAUGAAAUCAGUGACAGAAUCAAUAUGUUGCUUGGAGUUAGAAGUCUUGGAGCGUUUCCUGCUUGAAAACCUCACAUGUGUUACCCAAAACACAGAAUUUAUUUCUCGAUGUCUCGAUCAAGAAACUUUAGUGACAGCAAUGAUUACACAAACAAUCAAAUACGGAAGAACUAUUGAUUAUAGAAAACCCAACUGUCUUAGACUAACAGCAUAUCGGCAGUUUACAACCUGGAUCUAUGGAUUUCUUGGCAAACAUGUACGGAUACCUAUUCCAUCUUGUGUAACAAGAAGAAUAAGGGAGACAUUUCCUGACCCAGAAGGACGAUAUACUUGUUUCCGAUACUAUCAGGAUGUUCCCCUUGCUUCUGCAGAUUUUGAUUUGAAUUUUUAAUAUUUACCAUAAACCAUGUUGUAUUUUUUUGAUUUUAGAAAGUUCUUUGCUAAAACAUUA